GUAUCAACACAAUCGUCAUUGCUGCACAACGCAACCUGCUUCGUGCACAGUGCAGUCCGGACGUAGAAUAGCAGAAAGAGCACCGAUAUUGUAUCACUGUCUCUGUCCUUUUCCUCAGUUGUCGUGCCGUCGAGGCAACGAGGCGUUCGUUGUAGACGACAGCAAAAUAGAUACGCUCAGGCGGCGUCACGACACUUGCCGCAGCAACUGCGUCGGAGAGCUUUUUCGCACCCUGUUUAAAAGACCUCAUUUGUCGUGACUGAAUCAUGGAUCGGUUUGCAGUAAUUGGCCAGCUUGGCGACGGUUCGUUCGGCACCGUGAGCAAAGCCCAGAACACCACCACUGGCGAAAUUGUGGCGGUUAAAAAGAUGAAGCAGCGCUUUCACAACUGGGAGGAGUGUCUGCAACUGCGUGAGAUCCAAUCGCUGCGGAGGGUGCAGCAUCCCAAUCUCGUGAAGCUGAAAGAAGUGGUGCGCGAAAAGACGGAGCUUUUUCUCAUUUUUGAGUAUUGCGAGAAGAACAUCUUCCAAAUCCAGCGCCAACGUGCGGAUCAGAUGAGUGGCUCUAUGGCUUUCAGUGACAAAGAGGUUCGUAGUAUCAUGUGCCAGACCCUGUUAGGGGUGCAGGCGAUCCACAAGGCCGGCUUCAUGCACCGCGAUUUGAAGCCAGAAAACCUUUUAAUCUCUGGCGACGUGGUAAAGGUGGCUGACUUUGGUCUCGCGAAAGAGAUUCGCUCACGGCCGCCCUUCACGGAGUACGUGUCGACGCGGUGGUACCGGGCGCCCGAACUGGUGCUCCACUCGACCCACUACAACUCCCCUAUUGACAUUUGGGCCUGCGCCGUCAUCUUCGCGGAGUUGUACCUCUGCCGCCCUCUCUUCCCCGGCACCUCGGAGAGCGACCAGCUCUUCAAGAUAUGCUCCGUGCUGGGCUCUCCGGCGCCCAGUGAGUGGGAUGAGGGGUACCAGCUGGCCCGACGCAUGAACAUGCGCUUCCCCACCGUGGCCCCCACCCCACUGCACCUAAUCCUCUCCACGGCGCCGCCGGCUGCGGUGGACCUGAUGGAGCAGAUGCUGCGCUUCAACCCGGCGGAGCGGCCGACGGCGACGCAGUGCCUGCAGCACCCGUACUUCACCGGCAGCGGCGGCAGCUCCGCGCUCUAUUCCGGCAUCGCCACGGGCCAGCCGCACAAUCCGUUUCAGAUGGCCGCGAGUGGGGCCGCCACCGGGCCUGUAGCGAGUAACGUGGGACUCACUAGCACCAGCAGCCCCCCGCCCACCACGUCCAACGGGUCCCUGUUCAAGUACGCCAACCUGUUCAAUCAGGGUAACCGCAGCCCCAUCGCAUCCAAUAGCACGAUCACCCCUUUUGCGGGGAGUAGCGCGCUGCAGAACAGCGUGACCAGCGCCAACGUUGUCCGCUCCGCUCCUCAGCAACGCAAGUCCUCCAUGUCGAACACCGUCGACAGUGACGAUGAGUUCAAUUUCUAA